GGGGGGGUCUAGUGGGGCGAGUCAUGAAGCUGCCGCUGUGACACUCCGGGCUGGGACGAGCAGGCAGCAGCCGACGGCCGCCCCCCGAGCAGCACUCGCACAGGGGAACCUGCCUGCUGCACUCGAGCUACACGUCUCAACCCGGAGGCUGAGGCGCUCAUGGCGGUCGCUUUCGGAGCUGUCAUUCCGCCCGGACUGCUUUCCCAGCCGUACCCGCCCCCCCUGUUGCCCAAACCCGGGAAAGACAACGUCCGCCUCCAGAAGCUCCUUAAGAGAAGCGCCAAAAAGAAGGCGUCCCCCCAGGUGUCGCAGUCCACCGCACCGUUCCGCUCCAGCCUCUCCCCCGUUAACGAAGCAAGCCCCGACCUUGAGCACAGUGACCACUCCACCCCGCCCAAGACUCCGGAGUCCGGCUUCUACGGGGUCCAGCAGGCCGCCCGCUUCACCGCCAGGCCGCUUUAUCAGCAUGUGGCGUCUCCGUAUCCGCAACGUGCCGCGUACGCUCGAGCGGGCAGGUUCUCGCCUCAGCCAUUCGCCUACCCGCCAUAUUCGCAACAUGGCGCGGUGGCGUCUCUGUACUCCAGAGAGCAGCCAGCACCGCCGGUGCCGUCCCAGAUGGCACCGCCGUUCCGGCCGUUGAUGCCCACGAUCUCUCAACCAACUCAAAUGAGGGCGCCCCCCUCUGAGGUGAAAACUUUCAGUCUACUCAGUGAAGAUCCUGCGAGUCUAAGACCUACUCUGGCUCCACCCAUCAAACCAAAACCUGUGAGCCCAAAUCCGACUUUGCACCCAGCACCGCCGACUCAGGCUUUGAUUCGGCCGCUCACGGUGUUAACGCCAUUCGUCAAGCCGAAAAGUCCUCGUCCGACAUUCAAAGCCACCGAACGCUCAAGAUCACCCAAACCCAUGUUUGACGUCCCUCAAAUUCGCUUGUACACGGCCAGCACGUCCUACUACGAGACGUCCAGGACCCCGCCGGUCUACGACACCACCGCCCUCACGGCCAUUGGCAGCACCGUCACUGAGAGUCCACAAGUUCCAACAUCUGAGGCCAGGAGAGGAGUGGUGCAGGCGACCCAACAUCUUUUGGUUUCAGUCUCUAAACCACAACGGAAAAGCCCAACUUUGGAGAUGAAAACAGAAACAUCUAAAGUGGAAUCGAACGUCUUUGCCGCUCCAAUUGUUGAGAUUAAGCGAGCCACACCGACAUCCGAAACGAGAGUCAAGACACCAACUCUUGAGUUUCAGUCGCCAAAAGUCCUCACCGGGCGCCCGAGAACCCCUGCAAGCCGGACUGCGACCCCCGUCUUUGAGGUUUCAAGACCUAAUCCUCUUCUGUUUGCAGUGUCACCGGUUCUCAUGGAGUCAGAAAGGACCGCAACCACCAGAAGGUCACCUGGUCUCCAGAAACCGCCUGAAGCGUUGCUCAAUGGGGAUCUUCAGAAGGACGCUUUGGCCAACAGGUCGCCACAGAUGAUCACCAAGUCCAAAUCGGAACCAGACCUGACAAAUAGAACUAUUCUGGAUGAGCAAAGCCCUCAAAGACCAAAAACUCCAACAUCUGAGUUAAAUCCUGCCGUGGCAUCUUUGGGCUAUCAGAGACCUAAAACUCCAACCUAUGAAGCCAACCACCUUCUCAGCUUGUCCGCUUCUUUCAAAAGACCAAGGACUCCGACAUACGGGAUGUCCGCUCCUCGUGAAUCAGCUGGAACCUUCCCGAGGUCUAAAACGCCGACUCCCAAAACCAAGUCUGGCUAUCGUGGACUGACACCCGCCGAGUACGCCGCUCACGGAGGAAUCAAAACGCACAGUCCGGCAUUCGGUAUCACCGUUUCUCAGACGCCAACGCAUCAUGAACCUUCGGCCACCAAGAAAGACUCGGCAGAAAUCAAAACACCAACCGAAGAACCGUCAGCGAAAGAAGAGCCUCCCAAAGAUGACGUCCAUGUGGGAGAACCGAAAUCCUCAACCAUCCCAACAAUUCCCAUCAUUGUCGUUUCCCAAACACCCGAAAACUCAGCAGCAACAUGCAACAAACAGGUGGAAGCGAUUGUUCCUCCGAAGGUUCCGGAGAAACGUAUGGAGAUUCAGGAGGCACCAAAGGCCAAACCGUCACCCUCUGACCAGAGUUCUCCUGUCCAGCAGAAAGUAGACCUGCCAAAACCAGCAAAGGCCAAAGCAACUACAACUGAUAAGGAUCCUCUGAAGGCCGUCAGGACACUUCUGGGCAAAGAUAAAGUCCUGACCUCCAAACAUCAAGAAGAGGAAUCUGGAGACACCACAAAGGUUGAGAAGGCCAAAGUGAGCACCGCACCCCCUGCUGAGGCCACCAAAAGUAAAGAUCAGGACAAAAAAAGUGAAACAUCUGUCGGACCUAAAGCAGAAAAGACACGUGACGAAGCGCCCAAGAACCUCCAGAAGCCAAAGUCACUAAAACCGAAACUGAGCGGUUGGUCCAGACUCAAAAAGCACAUGGUGGUGGAGCAGGAGGAGCCUUCCUUUCCACAAUCUGGCUCUCAAACGGAGACCACGGGCCAGGACCAGAACCAGAACCAAGGGGUGAGUGCUGCCGGCGAAGGCCAAGGCGGCGCUCCCAAAGCUACCAAGAUGUGGGACGCCGUCCUCUUCCAGAUGUUCUCCAGCAAGGAUAACAUCAUGCAGCAGAUUGAGCUGAACAAGCGUGACGAGAACAAGACGGAGGAGAAGACCGACGAGGUGAAGGACGUCCCUUCGUUUGCGUACAGGUUGCCCGUCUUGCUUUUCAGUCCCAGGUUUGAUGCCAAAAAGCUCAAAGAGGCGGCAUCACGGCCGCUCACCAAAAUCUCCAGCGUCUUUGAGAUGGGUCUGAUUGGACGCAAGGCCAAAGACGAGGAACCAAAAGACUUUAACAGAACCGCCAAAGGCUUCAGCACCGCUUAGAGAUCCGCACCAACCAGGAAGUGCUUUGAAAAUAAGCGUGAUCGUGCGGACUCUGCAUCGUGAACCUGAAACCUGAACCUGAUGCUUCUGGUUCUGGUGGUUUGGACUUGACACCAGGUUUGUCUUACAGAUGUCACAUGCUAUUAAAGCUUUGAUGGUUGAAGUCCGGAAAGAGGAGCUCAUGUCUUCUUUGGACGUGGUUAGCGUGGUCGUGGUCCUGAUUGCACUUUGAUUCCCGAUGGUGCUACUCUCUCUCUCUCGGUGCCUGUUUGAUGACUUAGUAUUUGACUUCCAGCGUGCCGUGGAGCAGCUUUUAAUUGAUGUUCUGAAGACGCUUUAAGGAGCUUGUAUUUAUUUAUCUGCGACUUGAAUGGUGUGACUAGAAGGUGGACGACGACGGAGCUAAGAUGAGGAAGCUGAAGCUAAGAUUGAGUUGCUGGGUUGCACAUGACGUCAGGGCCAGUUGAAGUCGUCACGGGCAAACAAGGGUCAACAUUUUAGGGGCCUCGGACUCUGGUCUGUGCUAUUUG